AUGGGCUUCCCCAUAGUAGUUGUACCGAAGGGUGAUGGUAAAGUACGGUUGUGUGGGGAUUAUAAGGUUACGGUAAAUAAAGUGUUAGUUGAUUCCCAUCAUUCCUUACCUACAGCAGAAGAUCUUUUUGCUACCCUUGAGGACGGGAAGAUUUUUACCACCCUUGAUCUUACCAACGCUUAUUUACAAUUAAGCUUGGAUAGUGAAUCAAGGAAGUAUCUCACAAUAAAUACGCACCUGGGUCUAUUCCAAUUAAAUCGCCUUCCAUUUGGAAUAUCAUCUGCACCAGAAAUAUUCCAGUGUGUGAUGGACCAAAUAUUACAGGGAAUUCCUGGAGUAGUAUGUUACCUUGAUGACAUUUUAAUAUCUGCACCAUCUGAGUCAGAACAUUGGGUUAGAUUAAACCAAGUAUUUCAACGGUUAGAGAAAUAUGGUGUGAGAGUUAAAAAACAGAAGUGUGAAAUUGGUAAACCAUCAGUGGUCUAUUUGGGUCACAAAAUAGAUGGAAAUGGUAUACACCCUACAUCAGACAAGGUAGAAGCGAUUGCACAAGCACCUAGUCCCACAAACAUUACCGAAUUGCGCUCCUAUUUAGGCUUACUAAAUUACUACGGGAAAUUUCUUCCAAAUGUAUCUACGGUUAUAAAUCCGUUAAAUGCGCUAUUGCGCAAACAGACACCUUGGUGCUGGGAUAAGGGUUGCGAGGUUGCAUUCCAAAAUAGUAAGAAAUUAAUACUAGAUAACUCAUUGCUAGUACAUUAUGAUGUAAACAGGGAAUUGAGGUUAGCGUGCGAUGCUUCUCCGUACGGUGUGGGUGUGGUUAUCUCGCACAUAAUGCCAAACGGUGAGGAACGCCCCAUUGCUUUUGCGUCACGGACACUAUCUAAAAGUGAACAAAACUAUGCGCAAAUUGAACGCGAGGCACUAUCCAUAGUGUAUGGUGUCAGAAAAUUCCAUAAAUACUUAUAUGUGAGACGUUUUGUCUUGAUCACCGAUCAUAAGCCACUUACUGCUAUAUUAAACCCUGAAUCCCCUGUGCCAACUUUGGCUGCAGCAAGAAUGCAGCGUUGGGCGUUACUAUUGUCAGCAUACAAAUAUGACAUCGUCUAUAGGAAAUCUAAUGAUUACUGUAAUGCAGAUAUGUUAUCUAGGUUACCUACCAAAGAUUCUACAGAUGAACAUGUAGAAGUAAUAAAUUAUUUCUCAUAUGUUGAUGACUUACCUAUAACGGCAAAUGAUAUUGGUAAAGCAACAAUCAAAGAUCCCUUAUUAGCUAAGGUGUAUGAUUACGUUUUGAAUGGUUGGCCAAACCAUGUUAAGGAUAAAGAGAUACAGCCUUUCUUCAUACGCAGAAAUGAAUUGUCAGUUGACAAGAGGUGUAUUUUGUGGGGAUUACGAGUAGUAAUACCUGGCAAAUUUAGGUCAAUAUUAUUAAAUGACUUACAUGAACAGCCCCUGGGCAUAUGUAGAAUGAAAGGGUUAGCUCGAAGCUACUUACGGUGGCCAGGGUUAGACCAAGAUAUUCAGAAUCUUGUAAACCAAUGUGAAGCAUGUCUGUCUGUCAGAAACAAACCACCUCUAGCACCACUCCAAACAUGGGAGUGGCCAAGUCGUGUUUGGCAGAGGUUGCAUGUUGAUUAUGCUGAGUUAAAGGGUCAACAUUUGUUCAUUGUUAUAGACAGUCAUUCAAAAUGGGUAGAAGUGUAUCCAACGAAAAUUACCACAACAAACAAAACUCUUGAUAUUUUAAGAAGACUAUUUAGUUCUUAUGGGUUACUCGAAGAGAUAGUCUCGGAUAACGGGCCCCAGUUUAUCUCUAGUGACUUUGCCGAGUUUAUGAUUAGAAAUGGUAUAAUACAUAAACGUAUAGCGCCAUAUCAUCCUGCUUCCAAUGGGGCAGCGGAAUGUACCGUUCAAAUUGUGAAGAAGGCGCUAAUUAAGCGAUUACUUGAUCCUAACCCACGUAAACGAAACUUGUCAUUACACCACAAGUUAGCAAACUUCCUUAUUACUUACCGUAAUAGUCCUCAUACCACGACGGGUAGAACACCCGCAGAGUUAUUUCUAAAGAGACAACCUAGAACUAGGUUCUCAUUACUGAAGCCUAAUCUGGCUCAAGAAAUUGAUAGGAAGCAAGCUAAACAAACUGAGUAUCAUGACAAGGGUCGUGUACAAGAACAGAUAUUGCAUGUAGAUGAUAGAGUUAGAGACAAGAGUAAUGUAGGUGGACUAGUUAAAUGGUUGCCUGGGAAGGUAAUCAAGGUUUGUGGUUCUCGUACCUAUUUGGUAUACAUGUAUAACAAUUGUAAGAUUCGAUUUGUACACAUAGACCACAUAUUAAGUUCCAAAGAGAAGGAGGUACCUUGUAAGUCUGCAGACAAUCCCUCAGUAGACGUACAAGUCCCACUGACUAGUCCAGAAGGACUUCAGAUGGAGGGACGACAAUUUCUUUAA